AUGUCGACGGACCCGAGCGGCCACUCCAAUGGGGUGUACAGCUACUUCCUCAACAUGGUGGCCUAUCAGAUAUGUUGCUGCUGUGGCCCGUCCCCCUGCUCGCUGUGCUGCGCCUUCUGCCCGCCUGUCAAGUCCUCCUUCAGCACGCGGGUCAUGUACACCAUCUUCCACAUCAUGGCCUGUGCAGUCUCCUGCCUCAUGCUCUCACAGACUGUGUCUGAAACCAUGAGGGCCAAUGUGCCUUUCUUCAACAUGGUGUGUGACGAGGCACAUGGGGGCGGGGACUGUGAGAUGCUGGUGGGCUACUCGGCCGUGUACCGCGUCUGCUUCGGCACCGCCUGCUUCCACCUGCUGCUGGCCAUCUUCCUCAUCGACGUCAAGUCCAGCCAGGACCUCCGCGCACUCAUACACAACGGGUUCUGGUUCCUGAAGUUCAUCAUGCUUUUAGGGAUGUGUGCCGCAGCAUUCUUUAUUCCUACUGAGCCCUUCCUUAAUGCCUGGCACUAUGUGGGUGUGGUGGGUGGCUUUGCCUUCAUCCUUAUUCAGCUCAUCCUCAUCACAGCAUUCGCACACACGUGGAACAAGAACUGGCUGACGGGGGCAGCGGAGGACAAGCGCUGGUACCUGGCGGUGAUCUGCGCCACGCUCUUCUUCUACACCAUCGCCACCAUGGCCUUCACCUUCAUGUUCAAGUACUACACGCACCCGGCCGGCUGCCACCUCAACAAGGCCCUGCUCUGGAGCAACCUGGCCCUGUGUGCCGUCAUGAGCUUCAUCGCCCUCACACCAUGCGUGCAGCAGAAGAAGCCUCGUUCUGGGUUACUGCAGGCCUCCAUCAUCUGCUGUUACGUCAUGUACCUCACCUUCUCAGCCCUCUCCAGCCGACCACCCGAGAGAGUGGAGUUCCAGGGUAUGAACAUCACGGUGUGCCACCCCAGCACGGGCCGCGGUGAGAUCCAGAAGGAGGGCAAUGCAGUGGCUAUCAUCGGAGCAGCCAUCAUGUACUGCUGUGUGCUGUUCGCAUGUAAUGAAGCGUCGUACCUGGCGGAGGUGUUUGGGCCCUUUUGGAUGAUCAAAGUUUACCGCUACGAGUUCCAGAAAGCAACAUGUUGUUUCUGCUGUCCAGAGGAAGAUGAAGUGGAGGCUGAGUAUGUGGUGGAGGUGACCAGAGGCUGUCAGAAGGUGGUCCACAACGAGAUCCACCGCGUGGCCUACAGCUACUUCUUCUUCCACUUCGUCUUCUUCCUGGCCUCGCUCUACGUCAUGAUGACACUCACCAACUGGUUCAGCUACGAGACGGCGGUGCUGGAGACCACCUUCACCCACGGCAGCUGGUCCACGUUCUGGGUCAAGAUGUCCUCGUGCUGGGCCUGCGUCAUGCUCUACCUCUGGAUCCUGCUGGGACCCUUAUGCCGCCACCGCAGCCAGCGCAAGCCCCAGCCGCGCCGCUCGCGCAUCAAGAGGCGCACCGCCUCCCAUCGACACGUGCAUGUCAGCGUGUGA